AUGUCCUCCUACAGAUGCCAAGAGAAAAGAGUACUGAAAAGUCACGACUGUGUGCUGCUCUACAAAUCGGAGACAGGCGGAGAUGAAAGCCCCACUCCUGACGGCAGCCUGCUCAGACUCACCAGCAGCAUGCUGAAGGUGAAGAGGCUGGAGGAGAUCAGCUCCUGCCACAGCAGCAACCCCCUGGAGAAAGUGGCCUUUUUCCAGUGCAUGGAGGAGGUGGAGAAGGUGAAAUGUUUUCUGGAAGAGAAUUCUAGUGAGCUGGAUCUGCAGGCUGGAGACCAAGAGGCUAAGGAAAACGUGUGGUCCAACCCUGCACUGAAUGAAAGGACAAUUGUCGCCGGUGGAAAGUCAUCAGCCCUCACAGAGAAACCUGACCAGAAAAACCUAGUCUCCUCCGAGAAGGAAAAGGUUACCAAACUCAACAAGAAAAAUGCUGAGAAGACCAACUCCUGUGAGGUUCAGAGGAGCUAUGUCAUAUGUCAUCAGGAAAGACAAGACAAGGUAGAUUUUGUUCCAAGGGAUCCCAUGGAACUAAGAGAGAAUGCAGAUGGAAAAGAUGGUCUAUGCGUAGAAAGUCUGGAGAGACAAGAAAGCAACACCUUGGGGGAUAACCAGGACACUGAGGAUAAAAAUGGAUGUCCGUUUCUCAAAGGAGGGAAACGUGGGCUUCCUUCUAAGGAAGAGAGCAGAGGAACAGAAACCGAGAACGCAGUUUCAACAGCGGCAAGUGAAACAGUGCUGGACAAACGUUCACCUGGAAAUCAGCAGGCGGACGGGAUGAAUGGUGGCCCAUCCUCUGAAAGGUGCAUCAGUAAUAUAAAGGCCAUUUCUACACCAGGAAUCCCGGGAAAUUCGGCAGCAGGAUCCACUUUCCAGAAUGCUGAACAGACAGAGUCUGCGGGCAGCAGUAAGCGCCGAGUGGCAGAGGAGUGUUUCCUAAGUGAGGACAAGAAAAAGAGCAGAAUAGAUGUAGUGAGAGUGGGGGAAGAGCCCACGGUCAGGACAGAGGAAGCCAGACAAACCUGGAGCCCGGAUGACAGGCCCCAGGAGGGAAUGAGCAUCCAUCUAAGAGAGCAAGCCCCAGCGGUCCCACUAGACGAUGUCCCCGCUCCUGCAGCCCCGUUUGAUCACCGGAUCGUAAUGGCCAAACACGCUGCCGUGGACAGUCUGUACGCCGUGAGCAAGUCUGAGAUCCUAGGAGGGGGUCGCUUUGGCCAGGUUCACAAGUGUGAAGAGAAAGCAACGGGCCUGAAGCUGGCUGCUAAAAUCAUUAAGAUCAGAAGUGCAAAGGACAAGGAGGAUGUGAAGAAUGAGAUUAGCAUCAUGAACCAGCUGGACCACGUGAACCUCAUUCAGCUCUAUGAUGCCUUUGAGUCCAAGCAGGACAUCAUCCUCGUCAUGGAGUAUGUGGAGGGUGGGGAGCUGUUUGAUCGCAUCAUUGAUGAAAACUGCAACUUGACAGAGCUGGACACCAUCCUGUUCAUGAAGCAAAUCUGUGAGGGGAUAAGGUACAUGCACCAGAUGUACAUCCUCCACUUGGAUCUCAAGCCUGAGAACAUCCUGUGUGUGAAUCGGGAUGCUAAGCAAAUAAAAAUUAUUGAUUUUGGAUUGGCCAGAAGAUACAAGCCCAGAGAGAAACUGAAGGUGAACUUUGGAACCCCAGAAUUCCUCGCCCCUGAAGUUGUGAACUAUGACUUCGUUUCCUUCCCUACGGAUAUGUGGAGUGUGGGAGUCAUCACGUACAUGCUACUCAGUGGCUUGUCCCCGUUUUUGGGAGAUAAUGAUGCAGAGACGCUGACCAACAUCCUGGCAUGCAGGUGGGAUUUAGAGGAUGAAGAAUUUCAGGACAUAUCAGAGGAGGCCAAGGAGUUCAUCUCUAAGCUCCUCAUUAAGGAGAAGAGCUGGAGAAUAAGUGCCAGCGAAGCUCUCAAGCACCCUUGGCUGUCAGACCACAGACUCCACUCCAGACUGGCCCAGGAAAACGGCUGCGGUUGCUGCUGCUUUGAGAAGGCUUCUGGAAAAAUCAGCAGUUCUGGUGCCUUGACCCCUGUGAUGACUGGCAGCCAUAGCACGGGCAGCCUUGAACUUGAACUUGGAGAAGCUUUGCUAUGCUCAUUUUGGAUGCUAGUGCGGCAGCAGGUACGCUAUGCUGUUUCUCAGGCUACCAGAGCAGAGCCUGAAAUGCAUAAAUCUCCUGAGAUGGCUGUGAAGCAGCUUGGCACAGGCCUGUGGUCCCAGCUGCGUACGAGGCUGAGGAAGAUGAUCAAUCACAUGAACCUAGGAGAUGACAAGUAA